UAAAGAUCCUAAUGAGGUUGUUGAAGAAGUAAGACGAUGUCUGAAAUUGAAGGAGACUGGUAAUCCUGAAUCGUACAUGACUAGCCGUGUCAGUCUUCUGGAGAAGAAAGUCGAUCAGAUGAUAUACUACGGGAUCUCAAAAAGUGCUAUACAACCACCUAUGAGCCAGUCAGUUGACCAAAAGAUAGUGCAUUUGCUAAAGGGAAUCCAUGACAUUUUUAAAGGAAAGCCUAAAUCUAAGAAGCUUAUCGUGCAUGAUUCAAUUUUUAUCCCGGAGGAUAACGAACUUCCAGACGUGUGGCAGCAAACACGCCAUGGUAAUUCUCCGGGCCUAAUAAUGACGAAAGAAAACGGCGCAAUGAUUCUCUUUGGAAAGGAUGUUUUCUUGCGCUUCGGGGAUACGGAAUUAGCGAAAGCGGUCGUAGCCUUCCUAGCUUCCUUCUACCUCCUAGAUUUGGACUACCCUUUUAGGUCAUUGGUACCAUUUUCUGUCUUGCAGAAAAUUAUCUUCCAGGACAAUCAAGUGCAUCCCAGUUGUCAAGGCGAAGUUGCUAAAGUUCUAAAAGACUUUGAAAUGUAUCAUGACCGAGCAUAACGUUUUGUGGAGACGGCAAGUUCAUAUAUACGCCAGUUUAGAACAU